AUGGGCACUUGGACUGCCAACCUGUUCCAGAACAUUCUGGACUCGCGGCGGCAGAAAUAUGGCGACGGGAAUGCCAAAACCCUCACAAGCAUGACACACAUGGGAGGCAUCCUUGAGAAACGAGGCCAGCUCAAUGACGCCCUGGAUCAUUAUGGUGAAGCGAUGCACUAUCGGAGGGAGGUGCUGGGUGACAAGCAUCCCAAAACUUUACAGAGCAUCGGAAAGAUGGCUGCCAUGUGCAAGCAGCAUGGGCAGCACUAUGAGGCGCAGAUCCUCGCACAAGAAGCACUCUUCGGCUCGCGCAAGAUGUUCGGCGAGCAGGCACCCGACACACUGGAUGCGGUCAACAACCUUGGGGCUGUGUGGAAGGCGCAGGGCGAGUUCAAAGAGGCGGAGAAAUGCUUCAGGGACGCAUACAAGAGGCGCCAGGAAACUCUCGGACCCAAGCACCCGGACACUCUCACAAGCCUCAACAACUUGGCCUGCACUGUUGAUGAGCUGGGGAACGCCAAGGAGGCUGGCAAACUGUAUCAGCAGUGCCUAGAGACCCGCAGAACUGUCCUCGGGCCUUCUCACCCUGACACCAUGACGAGCAUGAGUAACCUGGCACUCUUUUUGCGUGCCAACGGGCAGAGGCUGGAAGCAGAGGCGCUCUUGGUGAAGGUGUUGGACGGCCGACGCAAGAUCUUUGGCAUCAAGCACCCAGACACCAUCAUCAGCAUGAACAAUUGCGCGGCGAUUGCGAGGGAUGAGGUUCAGGACUUUCGCGAGAGCAAUGACACGCUCGAGUUGAAGAAAGCCUUUGAGAAAGCCCACGUUCUUCUCAGAGAGGCAGUGGCUGCUUCUCAGAAGAAUUUGGGCAAGCGACAUCCGCUUGCAUUGAAGAGUAUGAACAAUCUCGCUGGCUUGCUCCGCGACAACGGGAAUCUCGAGGAAUCCGAGAAGCUUUAUGAGAAGGUGGUGGAUGGUAUGCGGUCAUGUCAAGGUUUCAAUCAUCUGGACACUUUGACGGCCAUCAACAACCACGCUGGAGUGCUUAGACUCCAGGGUGAUGCAGUUCGAGCUGAAGGGCUCUACAAGGAAGCGGCCGAAGGGAUCGUGAAGAAGCUCGGAGACGCACACCCAAUAAGCUUGUCUACGCUCUACAACUGGGCUUUGACCUUGGAUGCACUAGGGGACUUCGAGAGCGCCAUCCCGCUCUACCUGCACCACUUGGAGCAUGGGCAGUACACCCCAGAGCAGAGGGUCGCAGCGGCGCGGCAGCUCAGCGAGCGCCUGCGAAGGGCCGGGAAGCUCGAUGAGGCUCGGGAGCUCCGACGGCGCAUGAACAUCCGGAAAGCCGAGCGCCGCGGAAGCCGCAUCUUCUGGAUGCGUGGUUGCACCUUAUCUUUCCAGCGCCUGCGCAGGCCGCUGCUCUUUGCCCUCGCGGUCACAGGGAUCGCUGGGGCUGCAGUGCCGGAAGGCGCAGCAAAACCCAUACCGUCCUGUCCUGCCGAAAUCGAGCAGGGCAUGGUUGCAGGCGAUGACUCGGGAAGCACUGGCAAGAGGCCGUCAGUGCUGUUGCAGAUGACGUCACCGCGGCACCAGGCUGCACCGGUACACGAGGAUUCCGAGGAGGAUGAUCACAUCUCUGGUUCAUCCGGAGAUGUUCGAGAGGCUGGUCGAGCACCGACAGACAGGCAGCCGAACUUGCAGUUCUGGAGCUGGCAGCUGCCCAACGCGUCGCGAUACUGGGCAUCGUAUCCCUACGCCAGCCUAGGGCGGCUUUCUGACUCCAGCAUGCUGGUCCUGCCGGCUAUGGCCCUUAUAUCCGUUGUCUUCAGCUGCUCAGUAGUCGUGUGCUUCGUGGCAUCAUACCGACCACGGCGUGGGAAGCACUUGGACUCACAGUUUGAACCGGCCUCGUUGGGGCUUCCCCCCGGCUAUGGUUGUAAGCCCUUCUGGCUAGGGACGUAA